ACUCCCUGUCUUUGUCCAGCUCCAAGAUGGUGUCCCGCAAAGCCGUGGCCACCCUGCUGCUGGUUCAUGUUGCCACUAUGCUGGCCUCCCAGACAGAAGCCUUCGUUCCCAUCUUCACCUACAGCGAAUUCCAGAGGAUGCAGGAAAAGGAGCGGAACAAAGGGCAAAAGAAAUCCCUGAGUGAACAGCAGAGGUUUGAAGAGGUGGGUUCUCUGGACCCCGCAGAGCCCACAGAGGAAGGAGAAGACCUGGUUAUCAAGCUGACUGCUCCUGUGGAAAUUGGAAUGAGGAUGAACUCCAGGCAGCUGGAAAAGUACCGGGCCGCCCUGGAAGGGCUGCUGAGUGACGUGCUGUUGUCCACCCAGAACGCAGCGAAGUGACAGCCCACUCCUGGGAGAAGGUGCUGGAACUGGGAGCCCCCUCCCACCCAUGGAGGCCCCAGAAGUCUGCAUGGCCCAUCACCUGGGCUUG